AUGGAGGUGGAGGAAAGGAACUUCAGAGUUUUAGGCAAAGCUGCAGAGCACAAGGAUGUGGCAAUGCUGUCGUGUCUUCUCUUUUGUAAUAGCACGGUUGAAUCAGAAGAUAACCAAGAACAGAAGCAGGUGCGCUUACCGGAAAGCAGCCUGACACCAUGGGAAGUGUGGUUUGUUGGCAAAGAAAAAGAAGAACGUGACCGUCUGCAGCAGAAAGCUCUAGAGGAAUUAAAUCAACAGGUAGAAAAAAGAAAAGAAAUGGAAGAACGUGAGAAAAGAAAGAUAAUUGCUGAAGAAAAGCACAAGGAAUGGGUUCAGAAAAAGAAUGAACAGAAAAGAAAAGAAAAAGAACAAAAAAUUAAUAAAGAAAUGGAGGAAAAAGCAGCAAAGCAACUGGAGAAAGAACAUUUGCACGAAAAAGCAAAGGAAAAAUAUCAAGAAUGGUUAAAGAAAAAAAAAGCUGAAGAAUGUGAGAAGAAGAAGAAAGAAAAGGAAAAAGAAAAACAACGGCAAGCUGAAUUACAGGAAAAAAAGGAAAUAGCAGAAAAAAAGUUUAAGGAAUGGUUGGAAAAUGCAAAAAAUAAACCUCGUCCAGCUGCGAAGAGCUAUGGUUAUGCCAAUGGAAAACUUACAGGUUUUUACAGUGGAAAUUCUUAUCCAGAACCAGCCUUUUAUAAUCCAAUUCCGUGGAAACCAAUUCAUAUGCCUCCUCCCAAAGAAGCUAAGGAUCUAUCCAGCAAGAAGACUCCAAGGCCUGUGCCCGGUCAACCGCGCAGGCCAUCGUCUCUGGUGGUUCGUAAAGCCAGAAACCAUCUUGGCCUUGGGACUCUGUGCAGAAUACAAAGAUAGUAGAUGUGGGAAAUUGCAUGGUUUUACCUGGAGCUAUUUAAUUUCAAAAUCAGAAAUCAUUUUUUACUGCUCAGUCCAUAGCUCAACAUUUGAUGGGGUUACUGACAACUUCAAAUUUUUGCAUUUGUAUGUGGAGUCCUUAGAGUUAAUUGUGGAAAGAAUUUUAUACAUUUUCAUUUUUAUAAAUGCCUCAGGUUGAUCUUGGCAUAUUGUUUCACAAGAUAAGUGACUGAAUAUCUAACAAUUGUGUUUGUAUUUAGCUUGUAUUAAGACUAUACUAUAAUACCAAUAAAACCAACAAUUUUUCUUGUGUUCUUUCAUA